CGCGCCCCGUGCACACGCGUCGCCGCCCCGUGCGCCCCCCCUCUGCAAAGUUAGGCUCAACUUUGAGGCGGGCCUUGACGCCCUGUCCCUUCCACCUCCCACCAGGUCCUCAGCGGCGCGAACUAGGCGGCGGCUCGAGCACAGCCCUGCAGCCCCGGACAGCGGGCGGCGACAGAGACAGCGACAAGGGGACGCGGCGCGCCCUCGUUGGGGCGUCGGCCUGCGCCCGCCACUGGGCGCCGACCCGGACCCGCGCUGCGCCGCGCUGCUCGGGGACCUCGCGGGCGGCCGGAGCCCGGCGCUCGCCUCCAGGAAGCCGCGGGUCGGCGCUCGCCCUCGAGGGAGACGGGACCUCUGCCGACUGAACAGAAACUGCCCUUCCAUUGAUUCGGCCCCGUUGGGCGAGAGGCCGGUGCGUGUCCCGAGCGCGUGCGGAAGACAGGAGGGCAGGAAGUCGGUCUUCUGCAGCGAGGGUGGCGGCGCUGCGCCGGGGACGGAGCCUUCCUUAUUUAUGUGUCUGCCGGCGUUCGCCUUCUUCCCCGAAGACUUCAGGGAGCGUCUCUGAGCUGCGUUCCCCGCGCGUGAGGCACGGAAGGGCUGGAUAUCUGAACAACAUGAUUAUCCAUUAACAUCCAAACUUUUCUUUUUUUAACCCAAAGAAUAUCGGUGACUUUUGUCCACUGCUAGCAUAAGAAGAAAGAACUCGGGACCCUCGAAAUGCAGCAAAAUCCUUAUUUCUAAACAGGCCUGAGGUAGUGAUUCGCAAACGCCCGCUACUCAGUGAAUGUUCUAUCCUAUGGAUAUCGGUCUUGAGAUUUGAAAUUGGAGAGCAGCUCCGUCUGCACUGGGCCCUGCAGCCUCCGCCCUUUCAAUGCCCCGUUUUCUCUGGGACUGCUGGCCUUCCCUGGACAUCAGAGCGGUCCUGCGUGCCAUGGGCUGUAUCCAGAGCAUCGGGGGCAAAGCCAGAGUCUUCCGGGAAGGCAUCACAGUGAUCGAUGUGAAAGCCUCCAUUGACCCUGUCCCCACCAGCAUCGAUGAGUCCUCCAGCGUGGUGCUCCGCUACCGGACGCCCCACUUCCGUGCCUCGGCCCAGGUGGUCAUGCCUCCCAUCCCCAAGAAGGAGACCUGGAUAGUUGGCUGGAUCCAGGCGUGCAGCCACAUGGAGUUCUACAACCAGUACGGCGAGCAGGGCAUGUCCAGCUGGGAGCUCCCGGACCUCCAGGAGGGCAAGAUUGAGGCCAUCAGCGACUCGGACGGGGUGAACUACCCCUGGUACGGCAACACCACGGAGACGUGCACCAUCGUGGGCCCCACCCGGAGGGACUCCAGGUUCAUCAUCAGCAUGAACGACAACUUUUACCCCAGCGUCACGUGGGCCGUGCCCGUCAGCGAGAGCAACGUGGCCAGGCUGACCAACAUCUACCGGGACCAGAGCUUCACCACGUGGCUGGUGGCCACCAACACCUCGACCAACGACAUGAUCAUCCUGCAGACGCUGCACUGGCGCAUGCAGCUCAGCAUCGAGGUGAACCCCAACCGGCCCCUGGGCCAGCGCGCCCGGCUGCGGGAGCCCAUUGCCCAGGACCAGCCCAAAAUCCUGAGCAAGAACGAGCCCAUCCCGCCCAGCGCCCUGGUCAAGCCCAACGCCAACGACGCUCAGGUCCUCAUGUGGCGGCCCAAGUACGGGCAGCCGCUGGUGGUGAUCCCGCCCAAGCACCGGUGACGGCCGGGGUGCCCGCCCGCGUAGACUCGGAGGACGAUGCCACUCGAGCCAGCCCCACGUGGACGCCCAUCAUUCAGCAAAAUACAACCAUUCUACCUUGCCCAGCGGCGGUCUCACUGUGCGCAUGCCCCAGGAUGGCCUCCCGCCCCCUCGGGCGGAACCUGCUUCCGCGCGGGGACGGGGGAGGCCCGGCCAGGACACACCGACCCCACGUGCGCCCUUCAGCGUCCCCUGGGGUCCCCUUCCCUCCCCUUUUCUCUCAGUUUCAGUCAUUCACUUGCAACGGACUCCCCGACACAACUGCUUUUCAGUCCUUUUUUUUUUUUUUUUUAAAUGCCUCUUUAGGAGGUUCAGGGGCGGGAGGAGGAGGAGGAGCUGGCAUGUGACGGACCCGCUCUUGCUGACCCGCGAGCGCGGGCCCUUCCAUGGCGGCCCCCCUCGUCCUCCGUCACGUCACGCGGCCUUAUGUAGACUUGCUUUGCCAAACUUUUGCCUUAAGCUGAAUUUAAAGGAAGAAAACGGAACCAGACAGAGAAAGCAGGAUCUCUUUUCUACUGGACCUUUCAUCCUCUGCCAGAGGGGAGGGGGGUUGGGUCAGGGAUGAGAGAGAGAUGACCUGAGCCCCCUCCUCCUGGGCGUCUUGGGACAAGGGCAGGGACACAGAUUUAGACCUAAAACCAGCUGCUUAUUCUUGCGUUUCAGCAGAAACAAAACCACAGACGCUGCUUAAAGGGCCCGAGUAGAAGCCCCUCCCCACACCUGCAGAGAAGGACUGUGUGCUCUGUCCCCGCAGGCACCUUCUCCCCUCGGUCCCCUUGCUGUGGGUGGGUCUCGGAGGGAGGGAGGGUCCUGUGAGGCCUGGGUCCAGCCCAGGGGGUUUCCGCCCUCCAUCCUCAGCCCCUGUCCUUCCCUGGCCGUCCAGCAUCCUGAACGCCCUGAGGGCCGGCAGCCCAGGUUUAGUUCAAAGGGGAGAAGAAAAGCGCACCUCCCCCCCUCCCCCCCAGGCUCCUCCCAUGGGGACACCCCUGCCAGGGGCUCUGGGGCAGAUGAACCCUGAGCCACCGCCAAGCUGGAGGCGGGGCAGCCAUGGAGGAAGCCCCCGGGGAGGACCUGGGGGGCAGCCGGCAGAUACCCCCCUGCUGCCUGUCCUCAGGGAAGUAAACCAGGGCCCGGCCUGUGGGACCGGGUGGGCCCAGGGCUGAGAGGCAUCAGAGCCGCUCCGGAAGCUGGCCUGGGUCAGCGUGGCCAGACCCCGAGGGCCACCCUCCCUGCAGCCCCGGGACCUCGUCUCAGCAGCGUCUGCCCUGACGGAUGCCCCCUUCCUCCACGCUUGCCAAAUGCACAGCUGUGACCCCCAGGGCCCCGCAUGCAAACUAGCGAUAGUCAAGCACAGAAAAACCGUCAGAUAAGAAAAAGAACCCAUUUCUGCUGCACAUGAGCUACUUGCAGGAGUCCCAGGGACAACACAGGAGGCGGCCGGCCACCCAGGCGCUGCUCUGCUCCGUUGUCUCCGGGACAGUGUGUUUAUUCAAGGGGUGCUCAGUGUCCGGUCCCCCUCCUGAGCCCCACGCCUGACAGAGGUGCACGGUGGUCUGAGGGCGACUGGAUGGAUGGCAAACCGCCUUGCGCCGCUGGCUGCCGGCCUGGUGCUCGGGAACCUGCCAGGCCCGGGACCUUCCCCUAGAAGCU